AUGCAAGACACGCUAGUGACGAUAUCGCGCUUGCAGCGCUCCGUCGCGAUUGCCCUCGCCGCCGUCCAGCACGGCUUCGAGAAAGAGCACCUCGAGCCGCGCACUGGGCUACUCGCUCGACCUGGCGCUGCCCUCGUCACGCGUCGCGAUCGGGAUGGCCCCUCUCACUUCCUGCUUACCGACGGCCGGGGCGUGCGCAAGCCCAACGGGCCAACGCUGCUCAAGCGGCGCCUCCUCGCGGCGGCUGGCUGGAGGGUGAUCAGCGUUCCAUUCUACGAGUGGGACGGCUUCGCGAGGGCCAGUGAGCGGCAAACCUACCUGGAGAGGGCGGUUGCCUCGCUGUUGACAUAA